AUGAACUUCCCGAACAUCUCGAAGAAGAUGGCGGCGCCGGUCGCGGGGGAGGAGAAGGGGGGGGAGCACAUCACGGGGAACUUUGACCCCACGGCGCUGGAGAGGGGAGCGAAGGCGCUGAAGGAGCUGGACCAGUCGUCCAACUCGAAGAAGGCAUUCGAGCUGAUCAAGCUGCAGGAGCUGACCAAGCAAAAGGAGUAUGAAAAGCAAAUGGAGGAGCUGUCGCUACAGAAGGCGCAGUACCUGAGCAACAAAAUGAGGAUAGAAAAUGAGGAGAAGAGAAAAACCAUCAACUACCAGCAGGAGCAGGAGAGAAUCACAGCCGAGUACAAAACCAGACUCGAAGCAGAAGCGUACCAAAAAAAGCUCCUAGAUCAGCAGAAGCAAAAUGAAGAAUGGCUGAAAAAUCAGCAUGAGCAAUAUUUGAGGCAAGAAAACAUUCGAAAGAGAAACGAACUGGAGCUACUUAACUUAAAAAUGAAACAGAUAAGAGAAGAAAAAUCUCUUGAAAGAGAAAACAUGAAGGCAAAAAUACAAGAAGAAAAUAAAGGACUCAUAGAAAGAGAAAGAAAAAAUCUGGACAUUCAUUUGAAAACGUUAAGAAUGAAAGCAGAUGAGGAGAGGAAAACAAAAUUGGAAAGUAUAGGUAAAUAUUUCGAACAGUUUAACAAUUCUAUGUUUUUAUUUUUAAAUGACCGGGAGAGGCUCUAUCGAUUUGUCCUUGUAGUUACCCUCACCUCUGUGGGGAUAUACACCACGAAGCAUACCACCAGGUUGAUACGCUCCUAUGUAGAAACGAAACUGGGGAAGCCAAAACUUAUAAGAGAGACAUCCCUAUGGCAUAUUAACAAAUUUUUUGACCUUUUUAAUUUGAAAAAGAACCUUCUUCUGAUGAAAAAUAUUUUACAAAGAAGAAGCCCAAAGGAGAGUAACUUCUUCACCAACAUUGUCUUAAAUGAAGAGCUGCAGGAGAAGCUCAGCUGGUCAAUUAAUAGCUUAACAAAUUCGAAAAGGUAUGACCUUUAUUUGAAGAAUAUUCUGCUGCAUGGCCCUCCAGGCACGGGGAAAACUCUCUUUGCCAAAACGUUAUCCCAUUUUAGCAAUUUCGAUUACAUAAUAAUUAACGGAGGUGAUGUGAGCGCCUUGGGUGUGCAUGCCUCGGUAGAAUUGAACAAAAUUUUUGAUUUUAUAAAAAGAAGGAAAAAUAAAAAAUGCGUUAUUUUUUUUGAUGAAGCUGAAGCGUUUCUCAGAAGAGGGAGAAAUGAAUCGUCGGCUCAUUUUUCGGAGAGCCUUCGAAACGCCUUGGCUACUUUCCUCUACCAUACAGGAACGGAAUCCAAAAAAUUUUGCAUCAUUUUAGCUACCAACUGUAGGGAGAUCCUGGACCCUGCUGUCAUCGAUCGAAUUGAUGAGCAGUACAUUUUUGAUUUCCCCAAAAUUAACGAAAUUAGGAAAAUGCUUUCUCUUUAUUUUAAUAAAUACGUUUUCCCUCUGAAGAAAUACAACAUCGUUGUGGACGCUUCUAUAGACGAUCUGUACUUAGAUGUGCUGGCUAGUCGUCUCGUUGGUUUAUCGGGGAGACAAAUUUCUAAGCUUUGUCUCAACAUACAGAACUGCGUGUUUGGUAGCAAUUCUAAGGUAGUUUCGAAAGACCUCAUCGAUUUAAUUGUCAGUUGGAAUUUGAGCAAUUCGUUUGAAACUCGCGGGGAGAUGCAGACCAGCAGGCAGCACGUCGCUGCUCCCAUCCCGAGGGGAUCCGCCAGUGGAAUAUCCCCCGGUGCCACCAAAGAGGGGGAUUCCAACGCGGGCACAAACUCCGGGGAGAACUCCAAACCCGAUAUGGGCCUGGGCGUGGGUGCAAAUGUGGGGUCCAAUCUGGCGGGGCAGCCCAGCACGGUGGCGGCAUCCAUGGCGAGGUCGGUGGCGGGGCUCAGUGGGGAUGAUUCGAAGGAGGAAAAUUCGCCUCAGGUGAAGACCAAGGUGGGGAUGCAGCAUUGA